AUGCCCAGCGGCAAAGGAAUUAGAAAAAUUCCUGUGUAUAAAUUAAAAUCAUUUAUAUUAUACGUUAUUUUCUGUGGAACUCUUUCUCUUUAUCAUUCUCUAUUUCUCUGUCGUAUUAUUUUAUCUAUCUAUCUAUCUAUCUAUCUAUCUAUCUAUCUAUCUAUCUAUUCCUCCUCCUCCUCAAAUCUGUCUAUAUAUUCAUUCACUUCAAAUCUAUCUAUCUAUCUAUCUAUCUAUCUAUCUAUCUAUCUAUCUAUCUAUCUAUCUAUCUAUCUAUCCUCUUCAAAUGCAUUUAUCUAUCUAUUCUUUCUCUUCAAAUUUAUCUAUCUAUAUAUUCAUUCACUUCAAAUCUAUCUAUCUAUCUAUCUAUCUAUCUAUCUAUCUAUCUAUCUAUCUAUCUAUCUAUUCCUCCUCCUCAAAUCUGUCUAUAUAUUCAUUCACUUCAAAUCUAUCUAUUCCUCCUCCUCAAAUCUGUCUAUAUAUUCAUUCACUUCUAUCUAUCUAUCUAUCUAUCUAUCUAUCUAUCUAUCUAUCUAUCUAUCUAUCUAUCUAUCUAUCUAUUCCUCCUCCUUAAAUCUGUCUAUAUAUUCAUUCACAUCAAAUCUAUCUAUCUAUCUAUCUAUCUAUCUAUCUAUCUAUCUAUCUAUCUAUCUCAAUGAAAAAACGUUGGAAAAUGUAAAUAACCUGCCUGCUCUUAUCUAUCUAUCUAUCUAUCUAUCUAUCUAUCUAUCUAUCUAUCUAUCUAUCUAUCUAUCUAUUCUCUUCAAAUCUAUUAAUCUAUUCUUCAUAUCUAUCUAUCCAUCUAUCUAUCUAUUCUCUUCAAAUCUAUAA